AUGGGAUCUAUCGGUAACUAUCAUGAGCUUACGUCUAAUGGAGGUGGUAAUGGGGUUAAACCUUAUGAAAUCGUGGAGAGGCCAAGCCGAUACCGUCGUAAAAUCCGCAUCAUCGUGAUCGGAGCUGGCGCAAGCGGGUUGAACUUUGCCCAUGACAUUGACACAAGCCCAUUAGAUACUGAGCUAGUUCUUUAUGAGAAGAACCCAGAGAUAGGAGGCACUUGGUAUGAGAACCGCUACCCUGGGUGUGGAUGUGACAUACCCUCCGUCAACUAUCAGUUCUCAUGGGCUCCCUCUCCAGACUGGACGUCUUUUUACUCGGGUGCACCGGAAAUCUUGAAAUAUUUCAAGGAGGUUGCCGAAAAGUUUGGGCUUCGGAAAUACAUUCGCCUGGAACACAAGCUGGUAGGCGCAUUUUGGGACGAGCAGGAUCAACAGUGGCAUGUAAAAAUUCAAAGAGGAGAUAAUCCCGAAGAUGUCUUUGAGGACAAAGGUCACAUAUUGAUCAACGCUGGUGGUGUACUGAACAAAUGGAAAUGGCCUGAUAUCAAGGGCCUGGAAUCUUUCCAGGGACCUAGACUUCAUAGCGCACACUGGGAUGAUAGCGUUCAAUUGCAGGGGAAGCGUGUGGCAGUUAUCGGCUCAGGCUCCUCUGCAGUGCAAAUCGUCCCGAGCAUUCAACCAAAGGUAUCAUCACUCAAAUGCUUCAUUCGCAGUGCCUCAUGGGUGACUGCCGGUUUUGGCCAACGAUUUGCAGGAAAGGGAGGAUCCAAUUUCAAAUAUAAUGAGAAGCAAAAAGACAUAUUAAAGAACGAUCCUCAGAAAUAUUUGGCAUAUCGCAAGAAGAUUGAGUCUGAGCUCAACUCUCGUUUCCGAUUCAUUCUCAAUGGAUCCGAGGAGCAAGCAAAUGCGCGAGCUUUCGCGGAGAAAGAUAUGCGGUCCAAACUUGCCGAUCGUCCAGAAAUCGCCGACGCGAUUGUUCCGAAGGACUUUGCAGUGGGCUGCCGAAGGCCUACACCAGGAAAUGGAUAUCUUGAGGCGCUCUGCAGUGAUAACACUUCCGUUGUCAGUCAAUCAAUUGAAGAGAUUACCCCUAAGGGCAUCAAAACUGCAGACGGGGUUGAGCAUGAGGUCGAUGUUAUUGUAUGUGCCACCGGCUUUGAUGUCAGCUGGCGGCCAUCGUACCCGACAAUCGGCCGGAAAUCGCGCAGUCUGAGUGAAGAAUGGAGAGAUAUUCCGAGGAGUUAUCUUUCCAUCUCAGUUCCACACUUCCCCAAUUAUCUCAUCUUCAACGGUCCAUUUGGCCCCUAUGGCCAUGGAAGUUUCCUUCCAAUCACGGAGACCCUAUCAAAACACUUCCUCCAGAUUCUCGAGAAAAUGUCAUCGGAAGGUGUGACAUCCUUUGAACCUAAAGCUGAGGCGGUUGCGGAUUUCUUUGAGCACCACCGAAAUUUCAUGCCUCGUACCGCUUGGACAUCUCCAUGUCGCUCAUGGUUCAAGCAGGGAACGGUCGAUGGCGAGGUAAUGAUGUGGCCGGGGUCGAGAAUUCAUUUCUUUGAAACCAUGAAACAACCCCGUUGGGAAGAUUACAACCUCAAUUAUACGACCUCCAAUCGGUUUGGCUAUCUUGGCAACGGCUUCGCUGCACGCGAGUUUGACGGGAGCGACCUGUCGUGGUAUCUUGGUACGAUUGAUGGGAAUGAAAAAGCACAUUUGCCCGACGAGGACUUUGAGGAGUUCAUGGUUCAGUGA